UGUCCAGCGCGUGCGUGCGCAUGCGCGGAGCGCGUCGCGCACGGCGGCAGUUGGGCCGUUGGCUAUUCGGUCCUGGGAUACGCCGCGUCUCGGUGAGCACUCGGACUCGAGCCGGCGCCAGCGAGCCCGGGGGCAUCGCCCGCAGCGGCCGAGCUCAUGGCCGGCUGAGCGGGACGCCGCCUCCGCCUCAGCCACCGCCGCCGCCGCCGCCUCCUCCUCCUCAGCCGGCGGCGGCCCGGGCCCAGCAGCCAUGGCCGAAGACUACUGGGACGGGCGCCUGCGGCGAGCAGGAGGAGAAGGAGGUCGCGCGGCCUCAGCCCGGGCCGCCGCCCCAGGCGCCGCCGCGCCGGCCCCGCGGCGCUGAGCUUGCACGCGCGCCCCCGCCGGUCGCCAUGGAUCGGAUGAAGAAGAUCAAAAGGCAGCUGUCGAUGACACUCCGAGGGGGCCGAGGUGUAGACAAGACCAAUGGUGCCCCUGAGCAGAUAGGCCUGGAUGAGAGUGGUGGUGGCAGUGGCAGUGGCAGUGACCCUGGAGAGGCCCCCCAACGUGCCGCCCCUGGGGAGUCUCGCUCUGGAUGGGGCCCACUCAGCUCUGCACCAGAGAUUGUGCACGAGGACUUGAAGAUGGGGUCUGAUGGGGAGAGUGACCAAGCUUCAGCUACAUCCUCGGACGAGGUGCAGUCGCCAGUAAGGGUGCGCAUGCGCAACCAUCCGCCACGCAAGAUCUCCACUGAGGACAUCAACAAGCGCCUAUCACUACCAGCUGACAUCCGGCUACCUGAGGGCUACCUUGAGAAGCUGACACUCAAUAGCCCCAUCUUCGACAAGCCCCUCAGCCGCCGCCUCCGCCGUGUCAGCCUGUCUGAGAUUGGCUUUGGGAAACUAGAGACCUAUAUCAAGCUGGACAAGCUGGGUGAGGGCACCUAUGCCACUGUCUACAAAGGCAAAAGCAAGCUCACAGACAACCUUGUGGCACUCAAGGAGAUCAGACUGGAACAUGAAGAGGGGGCACCCUGUACUGCCAUCCGAGAAGUGUCCCUGCUCAAGGACCUCAAACACGCCAACAUCGUCACACUACAUGACAUUAUUCAUACGGAGAAGUCCCUCACCCUUGUCUUUGAGUACCUGGACAAGGACCUGAAGCAGUACCUAGAUGACUGUGGGAACGUCAUCAACAUGCACAACGUGAAACUGUUCCUGUUCCAGCUGCUCCGUGGCCUGGCCUACUGCCACCGGCAGAAAGUGCUACACCGAGACCUCAAGCCCCAGAACCUGCUCAUUAACGAGAGGGGAGAGCUCAAGCUGGCUGACUUUGGCCUUGCUCGGGCCAAGUCAAUUCCAACAAAGACAUACUCCAAUGAGGUGGUGACCCUGUGGUACCGACCCCCUGACAUCCUGCUUGGGUCCACAGACUACUCCACACAGAUUGACAUGUGGGGCGUGGGCUGCAUCUUCUAUGAGAUGGCCACAGGCCGGCCCCUCUUCCCGGGCUCCACAGUGGAGGAACAGCUGCACUUCAUCUUCCGCAUCUUGGGAACCCCAACUGAGGAGACAUGGCCAGGUAUCCUGUCCAACGAGGAGUUCAAGACAUAUAACUACCCCAAGUACCGAUCCGAGGCCCUUUUGAGCCAUGCACCCCGACUUGACAGUGACGGAGCUGACCUCCUCACCAAGCUGCUACAGUUUGAGGGUCGCAAUCGGAUCUCUGCAGAGGACGCCAUGAAACAUCCAUUUUUCCUCAGUCUGGGGGAGCGGAUCCACAAACUUCCUGACACUACUUCCAUAUUUGCACUAAAGGAGAUCCAGCUACAAAAGGAGGCCAACCUUCGGUCUUUGUCGAUGCCUGACUCAGGACCAUCACCCAUGGACAGCCAGGGGUGCGGAGCUAGCCCAGGCUGGGGAUCUGGACUCAGACAAGACGGCGGCAAUGCCAUGGGUCUGAGGCUUCCCCUGCCUGCCUUCCUGCCUGUCCCGCCUGCCUCAUGUUGUGUGGGCUUUUUUUGUUUGUUUGUUUCAUUUAUUGUUUUUUUAAUUAUUUCAAAUGAGGUUUUCAUUUUUUUAAAUGCAAUAUCUCUGUAUACAGACUGGCUGGGUCACACCCCUUGUGUGUGGGCCCUCCCACAGUAUUUUGUGCAAUGAAGCCCCGCUCCCAGCCUUUUCAGAGGCAAGGACACAGCCCCUAUCUAGAACCCUGACCAUCACCAAACCCUGGGGUCAGCUAAGGGAAAGCAUGCCUCAGCCACUCGCCUUCCUAUCCCACCUGCCAUCCCCAGCUGCCGGGGGACCUGGGAACUACCAGAGACUCUGGGAGAUGGAUGAGGCGGGGGGCCCACUCUUUCCCUCCUGCAGUCCCGUAGCUGGGGCCUCCUUCCUUCUCAGGGUCUCCCCAGCCCAGCCCUCUUGCCCCCAUCCCACUUGGUGCUGUUGAGUAGGGGCCCUGCCAGGAACUGACCAACUCAUUGAGGAGCCAUAGUGUGUAUGUGUACACAAGCAGGGAGGGGGACACACAGGGAGUUGUGCCCAGGUGUUAUCCCCUUACCCCUGGGAAGGGCAAAGCAGGGCAGGGACAGUCUCUGGGGUCAGUCCCGAGAUGGGUGGUUACCUUCCCUUCCUCCACCCUAAACCCUAGGGCCCUCAAAUGGGGAGGGAGGGCAGGGGUGGGGGCCCUCUUAGAGUUUGGGGGGCUGGGUUCUUGAAUGCACCAUA